CACUGCGCUCGCGCUUUCAACCGGAAGUGGUCAAACGCUCAUAUGUGCCUUUACAAUCAAUCACCCUAAACAUCGUAACUUUUUGGACAUAAAAUGUGGGUAAAUAUUUAGAAGAAAUUAUCCCCAACGAAUGUAAAAUGUCAGAUCGCAAACGAAGCCGAAAGCACCACGAGGACAGACAUGAAAAAAAGAAACACAAGGAGUCAAAACAAGAUGAAGGCAAAUACCAACACCAAACCAGAAAACUGAUUCAAGAGGUGCAGAAGCUCAAGCAUGUGGAGACCUUCUAUGAAAAUCCUCCGCCUGGGUUCAUUAAGGAAGAGGAUGACAGACCAGAGGACUGUAUCCCUGAUGACCCUGGAAAUGAGGACGCUAGGAGCUUUUUGGCUCACGCUCCCACUAAAGGACUGUGGAUGCCUCUGGGGAAAGAGGUGAAGGUCAUGCAGUGCUGGAGAUGUAAGAGAUACGGCCACAGAACGGGAGAUAAAGAAUGUCCUUUCUUUAUCAAAGGCAACCAGAAACUGGAGCAGUUCAGAGUGGCGCAUGAGGAUCCAAUGUACGAUAUCAUCCGUGAAAACAAACGCAAUGAAAAAGAGACUAGGAUCCAGCAGUUGAAACAGAUGCUUGAAGACACCACCUCCGACUCUGACUCCGCCUCGUCUUCCUCUGCCUCCUCCGAUCACACCCGGAAGAAGAAGAAAAAGAAAAAAGAGAAGAGGAAGAAAGAAAAGAAGAAACACGUGAAGAAAAAGAAGAAGCACAAGGCCAAGGCUAGCGAUGACUCAGACUCCGAUUGAAUCAAGGCCAGUGGUCUGGGCGUCUCAGUGCUCAUCACAGAAGCUCAUAAUGUCUGCAGUGGAUGCGUCAGCCCUAUCAAAUAUACACAGGAGACUUCCCAUCAGUUCCCCAGGCCAUCUUCAGAUCUGCUUAAUAAUGCAUGGAUGCAUUUAAUCCCCUCUGUCACAUGGAAUGCUUAGGAUAUGUGAAUCUCUGACAGAUUUCCUGUAGCUGGUCCUUAUCAGACUGUUCACAUGUUUGUACAGAACACUUUCUGAAUGUAUGUUGAUUCACAUUUUGAGAAUGUGUAAUUGUGAAAUUUGCUGACGAGAGCUUAUGAUACAUGCCAUCUGCUGUCGUGAACAGUGACAUCCAUAAGUGUCAUGUAAAUAAAUCAGUAAUUAUGGCUUUUUAGCAUGUACAACUUCUUUGUAUGGUAAUCUGAUAUUUUUUAAAGAGAUCUGGGCAUUUAUAGGGUCUUCUAACUCAAAUUACGUCCUCUAUUUCCAUAAAAUUGUUUAGGGCUUUUGCAUGUGGCCGUGGUACAUAAGGGCAGCCAAUUAGCACCUCUUGAAGGGCUGACAAUGGUUUGCACAUCAUUCACAUCACGAGAGAGGCAGAUCGAGAGGGGAGAAGAGGCUUUUGCUUUGAUCUCGUCACUCCUCGCUGAAAUCCGGAGUCCCGCGGUUGUCAUCAGAGUACAUGCACCAUUUUGUGCCAAGAUAAAUAGUGCAUCACAUCAUCAAAGGAGCUCUUUAUAAUGCUUUUUCAUUUAGCAACUAUGUAUGCUUUUUAAAAAGACAAGAAAACAAUACUAAGAUAAUAGUACAUUUUCAUUUUAAUAAUAUAAAUAUUAAAUCAACUUAAUGCUGUCUAUCAGGGCUGUUUUUUCAGAUGAGGUCGUUAGCUUGUCUUAUCUUCAUAAUGUGUUUGUGCUAGUAAUAAAAGCUGGAUUCUCAUGUUUC